AUACAUGUACUGGACGGAUUGGAGUCCCGAUCAUCCCAGAAUUGAAAAGGCUGCUUUGGAUGGCACACAACGCAUAAUAUUAGUAAACACAUCUUUAGGAUGGCCUAAUGGCUUAUCUAUUGAUGUUGUUGAAAGGAAACUUUACUGGGGGGAUGCUAAAACAGAUAAGAUUGAAGUCUCAAAUCUGGAUGGGAGUGAUCGCAGAGAACUUGUUUCUGAUCAACUGCCUCACAUUUUUGGUUUCUCCUUGCUUGGCAAUUACAUAUAUUGGACUGAUUGGCAACGACGCUCCAUUGAAAGAGUCGACAAAAUUACUGGAGUUAAUAGAGAAAUUUUAAUUGAACAACUUCAUGAUGUCAUGGGCAUUAAAGCCAUAAAUGUCAACGAUAUACAUGGUACCAGUCCUUGUGCGAAUGACAAUGGGAACUGCUCACAUCUAUGUCUUAAUAGACCAAAUAACAAUUAUACUUGUAGUUGCCCUAUAGGGUUAGAACUUACUAGUGAUAAUAAGACUUGCAUUGUUCCUGAAGCAUUUCUUUUAUUUACAAGAAAAGACAGUAUACGAAGGAUAUCUUUAGAAUCUAAUCAUGAUGAUGCCAUUCCUAUAUCUGGAGUUGAAGAAGCAAAUGCAAUUGAUUAUGACAUCAGUGAUAAUCGUGUCUACUGGACUGAUACUAAUAAAAGGACAAUCAACCGAGCUUUUAUGAACGGAAGCAGCGUAGAGGUAAUUGUUCAGAUUGGACUCAACUAUCCUGAAGGAAUGGCAGUAGAUUGGAUUGCCCGAAAUCUGUAUUGGACAGACAUGGGGCUAAACCGCAUAGAAGUAGUGCGACUGGAUGGGUCAUCAAGGAAAGUUAUAUUGCAUCAAAAUAUGGACGAUCCUCGAGCAAUAGCUUUAGAUCCAGCUGAAGGUUAUAUGUAUUGGACUGAUUGGGGCACAAGUGGGCGUAUUGAAAGAGCUGCAAUGGAUGGCACUUAUCGUAAAGUUUUAAUUGGUAAACUUGGUAGACCAAAUGCAAUAACUAUCGACUACCUAGAAAGGCGUCUCUAUUGGAUUGAUGUGGAUGCUCGGAAGCUAGAAUCUUCAGACUUAUCAGGCAAUAAUAGAGUUCAAGUUAUUGGUGAAGAUAUAUAUGAACCCUAUGGUCUAACUCAGUAUACAGAUUAUAUAUAUUGGACUGAUUGGAAUAAUAAGAGCAUUCAACGAGCUAAUAAAACUAAUGGAGGCAACAGGACAACUAUUCAAAUAAUGCCUGAUAAUGUUCUAGAUAUACAAGUCUACCACACAUCUAGGCAAUCAGGUUGGAAUCCAUGUGCAUUAAAUAAUGGAGGCUGUGCCCAUUUGUGUCUUGCUGUACCUGCAUCUAUUCAGUCGAAAAUCUACACUAAUCAUUGUGGUUGUCCCACACAUUACAGCCUGAACUCUGAUAACAAAACAUGUUCAUAUCCAAAAACAUUCAUGCUCUUUAGCCAGCGUAGCAGUAUAAAUAGAUUUCUCAUAGAAACAUUGGAUUCCCCAGAAAUAAAUUUUCCAAUUCCCAACUUGAAAAACAUCAAAGGUUUAGAUUAUGAUCCUGUUGAGAGAUUCGUUUAUUGGAUUGAUGGAAGAACUAAGACUGUCAAGAAAAGUCAUGUCAAUGGAACCAAAGCUAGCAUUGUUGUUGCCAAUCCAACUGAUAAUAUUCAUCCAUUUGCCAUUGCUGUUAAUUCAUACUCCCGGACACUAUUUUGGUCAUGCUCUCAACACAAUACCAUUAACGUCACAACUCUAAGUGGUACUCCGAUAGGCACAGUAAUUGGAGAUGAAGAUGAUAAACCUCGUUAUUUGGCUGUUCACCCUACAAAAGGAUUCCUAUUUUGGGUAAACAUGAUACAUCCACCUUUAAUAGAAAGAUCCAAUAUGGAUGGCCAGAUGAGAAAAAUUCUUUUUUCCACUGAAUUAGACUCUCCAGUAUCACUAACAGUUGACGUUUUGGAUAAUUUUAUUUAUUGGGGAGAUGCUGGAUUGAAAACAAUUGAAAGAGCAACAAUAUUUGGAACUGAUAGAAAAGUACUUGUCUCUGAUCCUGUAUUGCAUCCUGUUUCUUUGACGAUUCUUGGAAAACACAUGUUUUGGAUUGAUAAUGAUCAACAAAUCAUUGAAAUGGCUGAUAAAGAUAGUGGUGGUGACAGACAAAGAGUACAAAGACGCAUACCAAAUUUAGUUAACUUAUUAGGUGUUAAUUAUAUUGACCCUGACCGCUAUUCUAAUCAUGCUUGUUUCACUAAGAAUGGGGGCUGUUCUCAUAUAUGUCUUAUUACAGAGAAUAAUAAAAAACGUUGCUCUUGCCCAGUGGAUUUAGUUUUAUCAACAGAUGGUACUUCUUGCAUUGAUAUACCCAUUUGCCCUCCUGAUAAGUUCCGUUGCCUUACUGGAGUGACUUGCAUACCAAAGAAAUGGCUCUGUGAUGGCAGAUCUGACUGCAGUGAUAGGUCAGAUGAGAAUAACUGUGAAGUUUGCAAACCAGGGCAAUUUAGAUGUCAUAACGGUGACUGUGUUGAAGGAAUACUAAAAUGUGACGGUGUUCCACAUUGUAAAGAUUACUCUGAUGAAGAGUGCUGCCAAAAGAAUGAGUUCCUGUGUCCCACUUCAAGAGAAUGUUUGAGUGUCACUCAAGUUUGUGAUUCUAAAAGAGAUUGUAUAGAUGGCUAUGAUGAAAGCCACUCCACCUGCGACACUUUGCCUAAACCCCGCACAGCAGAGUCAAACUCUCGAUUUAUAUGGAGUGUGUCAGCAUUUGUUACUAUAUUUAUAUUAAUAAUUUUCCUAGCUUUUGCUGCCAAACGAUGGAAAAUUUGUCUAAAGAAAGAGAAUGUAAUUGAUGCAGAAUUGAGGAAUGAGAUGCUACCUUCGGCAAUGUGCAAUGGAACACUCAGCUCUAUGAAUGUGAGCAAUCAGCGAGGAGGUGUGGCUGUUUCUUCAUUUCAUAGCUCUAGUUACUCCAUGUCUGGUCUGGGACCUUCAAGAGCUUUGAGUCGUAGCAGUGUUUAUGACCGUAACCAUGUAACAGGAGCUUCAUCGAGCUCUUCGAACAGGACUUAUCGCACUGAAUUAAUUAAUCCCCCUCCCAGUCCUGUUACUGUUUGUGAUCGUGGUUUCUGCUAUACUGGACCACCUUAUAGAUAUUAUCAUCAAAACAAUCGUUCAUACAUUAACCAUCCUCCACCACCCACUCCUUGUAGUACGGAUGUUUGCGAUGAAAGUGAAGCUUAUGCUUCGUCCUUUUAUGGUUCAGGAAUGGAGCUUUCUUAUGAUUCUGAUCCUUUUAUACCACCACCACCUACUCCUGGAAGUCCGUAUCUAUCAGAUGAAAAUCACGAAAAUCUUGAGCUUAUGGCUCCACCGCCAUCUCCUGUGCCUACAUCUUAUAUUUUACAGAUGUUUUUCUUAAAUUUCAUAUUAUUGUCUCUAUUUUUAAUCUAUUGCAGUGGUUUGUACACUCAAUUAAUCUUUUCUAAUAGAAAAGAUAUCAGAUUACUUGAUUAUGAUGCCAGAAGAAAAAAUUCCUCACGCAUACUCAUUAAAGAUUUAGCUAAUGUUAACUUUAUUGAUUUUUACUUUGAAAAUCGAACUAUCUUCUGGGCUGAUGCUGGGUUAGAGGAAAUUCGAAGUAGGCAAAUCAAUGAUACUAAAUCAAAUAGAAGCAUAGUGCCUAUAGGAGCAAUUUCUCCGGAUGGUUUAGCAGUUGAUUGGUUAGGCAAGAAAUUAUAUUGGACUGAUUCAAAACGAAAUAGAAUUGAACUUUGUAAUCUAGAUGGAAGCUUUAGGAAAGUUUUAUUUUGGAGAGAUUUUGAUGAACUUAGAGCUAUUAUUGUUGUUCCGAUGGAUGGUUGGAUAUUUUGGACAGACUGGGGAAAAACACCUAAAAUUGAAAAGGCAAGCAUGGAUGGUAACCAACUUACACGUAAAAUUAUUGUACAAGAUGAAAAUUGCAUUUCUAUUUGUUGGCCUAAUGGUUUGGCAGUUGAUUAUGACAAAAAAAGGAUUUAUUGGACUGAUGCAAAAAUAAAAACUAUUGAAAGCACAGAUUUUAAUGGUAAAUUUCGACAACGAAUUACUAAAGCAACAGUUCCUCAUCCAUAUGCGAUAAGUCUCCUUCAUGAUACUCUUUACUGGACUGACUGGACUACUAAAGCUAUUCAUUCCUGCAGUAUAUUAAAUGGAUGUGUUAAGAGAACUACAUUUGGUGGAUCUUUUACACCUAUGGGGAUUCAGAUUUAUCACAAAGAUCGGCAACCAAUUGUUCCAACUCCUUGUGGUAAGAGUAAUGGUGGAUGUUCACACCUGUGUUUGCUCUCUUCUGUGUAUCCAUAUUAUUCAUGUGCUUGUCCAACUGGAGUAAAGUUAAAAUUGGAUGGCAAAUCCUGUGAAGAUGGGCCACAGAAACUUCUUUUACUUGUUAAAAAAACAGAUUUGCGAAGAAUUUCUUUAGAUACUCCAGAUUAUACAGAUGUAAUUCUAGAAAUAGAUGGUCUCAAGCAUGCUAUUGCUGUUGAUUAUGAUCCUGUAGAUAAGAAGAUUUAUUGGACUGAUGGUGAAGCUAAGGUUAUAAGAAGAGCUGGACUAAAUGGAACUGGGUGUGAGGAUUUGGUAUCAGCUGAAAUUCAAAAUCCAGAUGGAAUCGCCAUUGAUUGGAUUGCUCAUAAUAUGUAUUGGACUGAUGCUGGUACUGACCGUAUUGAGGUAGCAAGAUUAAAUGGCACUUCCAGAAAAAUUCUUAUUACAGAAAAUCUGAGUGCACCCAGAGCUAUCAUACUAGAUCCACCUGAAGGAUACAUGUACUGGACAGAUUGGAAUCCUGAUCAUCCUAGAAUUGAAAAAGCUGCAUUGGAUGGUACACAGCGUAUAAUAUUAAUAAGCACAUCUUUGGGAUGGCCUAAUGGCUUAUCUAUUGAUGUAGUUGAAAGGAAGCUUUACUGGGGUGAUGCUAAAACAGAUAAGAUUGAAGUCUCAAACCUUGAUGGCAGCAACCGCAGAGAACUUGUUUCUGAUCAACUGCCCCAAGUUUUUGGAUUGUCUUUGCUUGGUGAUUAUAUUUAUUGGACUGAUUGGCAACGUCGCUCUGUGGAAAGAGCUAACAAGAUUACAGGAGGCUGUAGGGAAAUCUUAAUCGAACAACUUCAUGAUGUGAUGGGUAUCAAAGCCAUUAAUGUUAAUGAAGUAUAUGGUACAAGCCCUUGUGCAAAUAACAACGGUAAUUGCUCACAUUUGUGUCUAAAUAGACCAGGAAACAAUUACAUAUGUAGUUGUCCCAUUAGUUUGGAACUUUCAAGUGAUAAUAAAACCUGCAUCAUACCUGAAGCAUUUCUUUUAUUCACACGGAAAGACAGUAUACGGAGAAUAUCUUUAGAAUCAAAUCAUGUUGAUACAAUUCCCUUGUCUGGAGUUGAAGAAGCAAAUGCAAUCGACUAUGAUAUCAGUGAUAAUCGUGUUUACUGGACUGAUAUUAACAAACGGACAAUCAACAGAGCUUUUAUGAACGGAAGCAGCGUAGAGAUAAUUGUUCAGAUCGGCCUCAACUAUCCUGAAGGAAUGGCAGUAGAUUGGAUUGCUGGAAACUUAUAUUGGUCAGACAUGGGACUAAACCGCAUUGAAGUAGUUCGUUUAGAUGGCUCUUCACGCAAAGUUUUACUACAUCAAAAUAUGGAUGAUCCUCGAUCAAUAGCUUUAGAUCCAGCUGAAGGCUAUAUGUAUUGGACUGAUUGGGGCUUAAGUGGACGCAUCGAACGAGCUGCAAUGGAUGGCACUUACCGAAAAAUUCUAAUUGGGAACCUAGGUAGACCAAAUGCUAUAACCAUUGACUAUCUUGGAAGACGACUUUAUUGGAUUGACGUUGAUGCUAGAAAACUUGAAUCUUCCAAUUUGUUAGGCAAUGACAGAGUUCAAGUUAUUGAUGAAGACAUUUAUGAACCAUAUGGUCUAACUCAGUAUGCUGAUUAUAUCUACUGGACUGAUUGGGAUAAUAAAAGUAUUCAGCGAGCUAAUAAAAGUAACGGAGGCAACCGAACAACCAUUCAAAUAAUGCCUGAAAAUGUUUUAGGCAUACAAGUCUAUCACAAAUCUAGGCAAUUUGGUUGGAAUCCAUGUGCUUUGAACAACGGAGGAUGUGCUCAUCUCUGUCUAGGUUUACCUGCAUCUGCUCAAUCCAAAACUUACAUCAAUCAUUGUGGGUGUCCCACACACUACAGUUUAAAUUCUGAUAACAAAACAUGCUCAUAUCCCAAGGCAUUUAUGCUAUUUAGCCAACGUAACAGCAUAAAUAGAUUUCUGAUAGAUACAUUGGACUCUCCUGAAAUUAAAUUCUCAAUCCCCAACUUGAAAAACGUAAAAGGUUUAGAUUAUGAUCCUGUUGACCAAUUUGUUUAUUGGAUUGAUGGCAGAUCUAAAACUGUUAAGAAAAGCCAUGUCAAUGGAACAAAGGUUAGCAUUGUUGUUCCAAAUCCAAUCGAUGAUAUUCAACCAUUUUCUAUUGCUGUUAAUCCUUAUACCCGCACAGUAUUUUGGUCCUGUUCUCAACACAAUACUAUAAACAUCACAACUUUAAAUGGCAAUCUUGUUGGCACAGUAAUCGGAAAUGUCGAUAAUAAGCCCCGUUUUAUAGCAUUACAUCCAAGAAAAGGAUUCUUAUUUUGGGUAAAUAUGAUCCAUACUCAUGUCAUAGAAAGGUCUAAUAUGGAUGGAAAAAUGAGGAAAAUACUGUUUUCUACUGGUUUAGAUUCUCCAGUAUCAUUGACAGUUGAUAUUUUAGACAGUUACAUCUACUGGGGAGAUGCUGUACUAAAGACAAUUGAAAGAGCAACAAUAUUUGGAACUGAUAGAAAACUGCUGGUUUCUGAACCUAUUUUAUAUCCUGUGUCUUUGACAAUUCUUGGAAAGCAUAUGUUUUGGAUAGAUAAUGAUCAACAAAUCAUUGAAAUGGCUGAUAAAGAUAGUGGUGGAAAUCGCCAAAGAGUACAGAGGCGUAUACUAAAUUUAGUUAACUUAUUAGGUGUUAACUAUGUUGAUCCUAGAAGCUAUUCCUCUCAUCCUUGUUUUAUUAAGAAUGGGGGCUGUUCCCAUAUAUGUCUUACAACUGAAAGUAAUAAAAAAUAUUGUUCAUGUCCAGUGGAUUUAGUUUUAUCAACAGAUGGAACUUCUUGCAUUGACAUACCGAUUUGCUCUCCUGAUAAGUUUCGAUGCUUAACUGGUGUAGCUUGCAUACCAAAGGAAUGGGUUUGCAAUGGUAGAUCUGACUGCAGUGACAGUUCAGAUGAGAAUAACUGUGAAGUUUGUAAAACAGGACAAUUUAGGUGUCAUAAUGGAGACUGCAUUGAAAGAAUGCUGAAAUGCGAUGGUAUUCCUAAUUGCAAAGAUCAUUCUGAUGAAGAGUGCUGUCAAAUGAAUAAGUUCCAGUGUCUUAUUUCAAGAGAAUGCCUUAGUCUUACUCAAGUGUGCGAUUCCCAAAGAGAUUGCCUGGAUGGGCAUGACGAGAGUCCUGCUAGCUGUGGCGUUUCGGAAAAACCUCACUCAGCAAAACCUAACUCGCAGUUCAUAUGGAGCGUACCAGCUAUUGUAACUGCAUUUAUUUUAUUGAUUUUCUGUGCAUUUGCUGCAAAAAAAUGGAAGUUUUUUCAAAAGAAAGAAACUGUGAGAAAUGAAGUUAGAAUAGAGAUGCAGCCUUCAGCAAUAUGCAAUGGCGAAUUCAGCUCUAUGAAUGACAUAAACCGACAAAGAGGUGCUGCUGUUUCUUCAUUUCAUAGCUCUUUUUAUGAACCCAUAUCUGAUUUAAGACCAUCAAGAGUUCAGAGCCGUAGCAGCUUUUAUGAUCAUAAUAACAUUACUGGAGUGUCAUUAGACAGGAUGUAUAAUACCCAAUUAAUUAAUCCUCCUCCAAGUAUUGCCGCAAGCAGCACCGAUUAUGAACAUGGUUCUUAUUAUAAUGAGCGUCCUUGCAGACAUUAUCAGUGCAAUGAUCAUUCAUAUAUCAAUCUUGCUCCCCCACCCACACCCUGUAGUACGGAUAUAUGUGAGGAAAGUGAAAUUUAUGCCUCUUCCUUAAAUGGUUCAGGAUUAGAUCUUUCUCAUGGUCCAAACUCCUUUAUAUCGCCCCCUACUCCUGGAAGUUCCUAUUUAUCAGAAGAAAAUCUUGCUCUUAUUGCUCCACCUCCUUCUCCUGUUCUUACAACCCCUAAAUUUGACAAAAAGCUAAUUGGUCAAGUACAAGCAUUUUUGGAACUUCGAUGGAGCCACAGGAUUAUACAAACCCAUUUUAAAAAGAAAGGUAUUGCGAUUUCACUCAGCCAUGUCAGUCGUAUCAAGAAUUCAAAACUUGGAUCGUUACAAAAUAAUGCAAAACCAAAAAGAAGUGGACGGUCAAGCAAAUUGAAGAAAUCAGAUUUGCCGAAGCUUGAUAAGAUGACAUCAAAACCGGACCCACCAACACAGGUAAGCAUGGCUAAAGCUCUUAACGUGAGUCAGCAAGUUGUAAGCAAUCAACUAAAACUAAAGUUGACGAAAAAAUGCCAUACAAAACCUAAAUGUCAUCAUUUAAGUGAGAGAUCGGUGCAAAUAAGGAGGCAACGUUCAUGGCCCCUUUACAAGCUUCUCCGUAAGGACAGAUGGCGAAAGUUCAUUACAACUGAUGAAGCUUGGAUCUAUCUAUCUAAUACCAAUGCUAAAUCUAAAGUUCAAUAUCUUAGCCGUGGGCAGAACAGGCGAGACUUGACACCAUCAACCACGGUGCCUCAUCCCAAAGGCGUAAUAAUUUGGAUGGGCAUAUCCGCCCAUGGUGUGACCAAACCUCGGUUUGUGAAGCCUGGGGCCAAAAUAAAUUCUGAGUAUUACAUACAGAAGAUAUUAAAGCCCUUUCUUAAGGAUGAUUACUGCAGAUUAUACCCUAAUGUUGAUGCUGUGUUCCAUCAGGACUCUGUCCCAUCGCAUGCAUCUAAGGUCACCCAGAUCAAUUGCCUAUUCAAAUUUCAAUGUGAUGAUGGAGAAUGUAUUAGUGAAUCGUAUGUUUGCGACGGAGAAGAAGAUUGCAAAGAUGGUAGUGACGAACGUGUUUGCCACGCUAGAGUUUGUGACUUAGAAUCGAAUUUUCGAUGCAGAAGCGGGCAAUGCAUCCUGAAAUCAGAAGUAUGUGAUGGAAGAUCCGACUGUGGAGAUAGCAGUGACGAAUCAAAUUGCACUGCAUCAACCUGCCAAGGUUUUUACUGCGGACAUGGAGUAUGCUUAUCUUUGUUUCAGAGAUGUGAUCGAAAAGUAGAUUGCGUUGAUGGCACUGAUGAAGAAGAUUGUACUGAUAUUCCUUGGUGCACUGAAAAAUAUUAUUUCCGGUGUGGGAAUGAAUGCUACCCUAAAUACUUCGUCUGUGACAGUGAUCCUGACUGUUCUGAUGGUUCCGAUGAGAAAGACUGUGAUUCCCAUCCAUCCGAAGAAUGCACACCCCGACAAUUCAAAUGCAACAAUGGUUCUUGUAUUUCGGAGUUUUGGGUUUGUGAUGGUGAGAAGGAUUGUUCUGAAGGGGAAGAUGAAGAUGGCUGCGAAACCAAAUCUUGUGAGGAGGGGGAGUUCCGAUGCAAGUUUGGACGUUGCAUCCCAAAAGACAAAACGUGUGACGGUAGUUAUGAAUGUUACGACAAGACUGAUGAAGCUGUUUGCCGUAAGUUUUAUUUUUAAUUAUUUUUCAAGAGG